GCGCAGGCGGGCGCACAAGAUGGCGGCGGCUGGCGAGAGCUGAGUGCUGAGGGAGGACAACAGGGCAAGACACUACCCACAAGGAGUUUGCAGGUCAGAAUGUCAUGGACAGAAAAUAGUUUGGAUAACGUGUUUCUCUAGUAUUUCUCCAGUAUUUCAGUAUUAAUAAUGGAUAAGUGUAAGCACAUAGGGCGACUACGGCUAGCCCAAGAUCAUUCCAUCCUGAACCCUCAAAAAUGGCAUUGCGUGGACUGCAAUACUACAGAAUCUGUCUGGGCAUGCCUUAGCUGUUCGCAUGUUGCAUGUGGAAGAUACAUUGAAGAGCAUGCACUAAAGCACUUUCAGGAAAGUAGUCAUCCAGUGGCAUUGGAAGUGAAUGAGCUGUAUGUUUUCUGUUACCUUUGUGAUGACUAUGUUCUUAAUGAUAAUGCAACUGGUGACUUAAAACUAUUGCGAAGUACAUUAAGUGCAAUCAAGAGUCAAAACUAUGACUGCACUACCCGUAGUGGCAGGACUUUGCGAUCUAUGGGUAUGAGUGAUGACUCUUACCUUUCACACAAUGGUGCCCAAGCCUUGCUUCGAAAUGAAGACCGCAUGUUCACGGCUCUGUGGCACAGAAGGCGUGCAUUAAUGGGCAAAGUGUUCAGAUCAUGGUUUGAGCUAACACCUAGUGGGAAAAGGAUUUUGGAAGAAGAGAGGCGCCAGGAGGAGGCAGAGGAAAGAAGGGACAAAGCUAGGAAAAGAAGACAAGAGCGAAAGCGUCAGUUGAAAGUAGAGAUGGAAAAAAUGCCUCCAAGGAAGAGUUCUCGUUUACAAAAUCAAAAUAAAAUAUCCUCAAAAGUAUCGCCCUAUGUACAAAAAUUACCACAAAAUUUGUCCUCUCCUGCAGAGCUGAAAGUAACUUCUACCUCAGAUGAAGUAAGAUUGAAAAAAAUUGGUGAUUCUCCAAUUAAGCGAAGGCCUACAGUGACUCCUGGUGUAACCGGACUGAGAAACUUGGGAAAUACAUGCUAUAUGAACUCUAUUCUGCAAGUAUUGAGUCAUUUGCUUAUUUUUCGGGAAUGUUUUUUAAAGCUUGAUCUGAACCAAACUCAAGAGUUGCUGGCAACAGCAGCGAAUGAAAAAACAAGAUCCUCUACUAAGCACCCUCCAAUUACUGGUUCUGCAUUUUGUGUGAAUGAGACCCAAGUGAAGGUAGAAGGAUCAUCUUCUAUUAGACGACCUAGUUUAUCAUCCGGACUAAGUGGAGGGGCAUCAAAAAGUAGAAAUAUGGAGCUUAUUCAGCCCAGGGAGCCAAGCUCAAAGCACAUUUCUCUGUGUCAUGAGCUACAUACUCUGUUCCAAGUUAUGUGGUCUGGCAAGUGGGCAUUGGUGUCUCCUUUUGCCAUGCUCCAUUCUGUGUGGAGACUAAUCCCAGCCUUCCGAGGUUAUGCCCAACAAGAUGCUCAGGAAUUCCUCUGUGAACUUUUGGAUAAAGUACAGCAGGAACUGGAGACAACUGGGACCAGAUACCCAGCUCUCAUCCCCACUUCUCAAAGGAAACUUAUCAAACAGGUUCUGAAUGUGGUCAAUACCAUUUUUCAUGGACAGCUUUUAAGUCAGGUUACAUGUCUUGCGUGUGACAAUAAAUCAAAUACUAUAGAAUCCUUCUGGGAUCUGUCGCUGGAAUUUCCUGAGAGGUAUCAUUGCAAUGGGAAGGAGAUGGCUUCUCAGUAUCCAUGCCUGCUGACAGAAAUGUUGGCCAAGUUUACAGAGACGGAAGCUUUAGAAGGAAAAAUAUAUGCGUGUGAUCAGUGCAACACAAAACGUAGGAAAUUUUCUUCCAAACCAGUUAUACUUACAGAAGCCCAGAAACAGCUUAUGGUGUGUCGACUACCUCAAGUUCUGAGACUACACCUUAAACGGUUCAGGUGGUCAGGACGCAAUCAUCGUGAGAAGAUUGGAGUACAUGUUAGCUUUGAUCAGAUAUUAAAUAUGGAGCCUUAUUGCUGCCGGGAGUCCCUAAAGUCCCUCUUACCUGAUUGCUUUAUCUAUGACUUGUCUGCUGUGAUUAUGCAUCAUGGGAAAGGAUUUGGUUCAGGGCACUACACUGCCUACUGCUAUAAUUCAGAAGGAGGAUUCUGGGCACACUGCAAUGAUUCCAUACUCAACAUAUGCACUAUGGAAGAAGUAUGCAAGGCUCAAGCCUACAUCUUGUUUUACAGCCAGCGAGUUACUCAGGCAAACAGACACUGUAGAAUAUCAUUUCCGAGCUCACCAUCUGAAAACCAGCAGUGUACUGAAUUUGUCGACUGUUCAAGUGAAAACAGUAGCAGCUAAUCCAAAGCCAAUUUACUGUGUACAGUAAAAGUUUGACUUGUCAACUUAUGCGUAUUUUUAAAGAGAAAAUGCAAGUAUAAAUUGUAUUUUUUUUUACUUGUGAAUCAAUGUACAUUAUGUUUAUACACUUUUGUAUUAGCUAAAGUAAGCACUCUUAAGUGUUAGUAUAAAUUUAUAUUGAUAGUAGGUAACUUUCAAAGUACCUAGAAUUGUUUUACAAUUUUUUUUAAAAAAAUUUCCCUUUGAAUUUUUAAUUCUUACCUCAGGCUGUUUUUCAGCUCUGUUUUUAUAUUUUGAUAAUCUGAUUUGGUUUAGAAAAAAAUAUUCUCAAUGGACAGCUGAUGUCUGUAUAAUUUUUGUUAACU